AUGCCUCCAUUUUAAGUCAUAAUCCAAGCACUCUAAGGUCAAUCCAUUAACCCUCAAUAGAUUUCAAUUAUCCAUAAUAAUAAAAAUAUGAUCGAUAUGACAUUCUUUGAAUUUCUACUUACACAAUAAUUAAGUCUUAUGAUAUCCUAACAGAUCCUGAAGGGCUGAUUAAAACCCAUAGACACAACAAAACAAAAUACUCUGGUAUCUUUAACCCUAAUUUUAUAAAAAUAUUGUCAAAAAUAUAAACCUCUCCUUCUUAAGUUCAUAAAAUUGACAUAAUAGAAUAACGUAAAAUUAGAUUUGGCAUUACUCUAAUAAUUUGACUAUGAUCGAAUCGAAUACAACAAGUUUCGCCAAUGGUUACCUAUAACAAAACCCAAAGUUCAUUUCCUUGACUCUACCUUCUUCAAAGAAUUACCUGUCUCCAAACAUAAUGCAAUAAUCAAUUUGAAUGAAUAAUUCAAUUUCACUCUCGUAAAGAAAUCUUAAGAAGACGAUCUUUAAAAUUCAAAGUUGAUAGUCAAAGGAUUGAUGAAAAAUAAUACUACACUACAUACCGGUCUAGCACUGAUAUAAAUUUAACAUUUGAAAAGCCAAUCAGAUCACGGCUUAUCAAAUAUACUCUAGAUGAAAAAGAAAAGGAAGUUGCUUAGAAAAAACUCAAAAUUACCUAUUCAGAAAAGCAUUUUGAUUAACAGAACCAGAAGUCAGAGAAAAAAAAUCAGACUUAAUAGUAAAGAGUAAGAUCGCGAUCUUUUUAAUAGAAAGAAAUUAGAUGAUAGGCAAUUUUAGUGCUAAAAAUCAAUUCUCCAAAGUUAACUAAUGAUAUUUUUCUAACUUUCAAUAUAAAUGGGAUAUAUAAUUUCUGUUUGUUUAAACAUAUUAUUAUGA